ACCACAGCUGUUCCUUCGUGCGCCCAGGCUUGCUUCACGAGUGCCGCUCCGGUCAUUUCUUGCGGUGUUACCGACUACGCCUGCCAGUGCCAACCUGCAGCUCAAGCUAGCCUGAGCCAGAUCCUCGUUCCAUGUGUGGCAACGGCGUGCCCGGCGGCAUCUCUGGAUGCUGUUAUUACCGGAGCUUCUUCAGUUUGUGCUUGUGCU